UACACAAAAACAUGGUUCCCUUGUUUUGAAGCGUAAAGCGUGCUAAGUGCCUCCUUAACUUUACUACGAAAGAAUGCUUCCCUGAAACUGAGAGGCUGGAAAACGACCCGAAGAGAGGAUGGCUCAGUCUCCGGACGGAGAAAGUGGACGGAGGCUGCGCUCCAUCUGCCGGAGGAUGUACGAUGAGAACGAAGACCUGUCCGACGUGGAGGAGAUGGUGAACAUCAGAGGAUUCAGCGUGGAGGAAAAACUCUCCAGUGACUCUUACAGCUCAGAGUUUGUCCACAUAAUGAAGGGAAGAGAUUUCACUUAUGAAUAUGUGCAAAGGGAGGCCCUCAGGAUACCACUUAUUUUUAAAGAGAAAGAUGGAUUAGGGAUAAGAAUGCCUGAUCCGGAAUUCACAGUCAGUGAAAUAAAAGGAUUAGUUGGAAGUCGCAGGUCUGUGGAUGUCAUGGACGUCAGCACUCAAAAAGGCUCUGAAAUGAGCAUGGCUCAGUUUGUCCGUUAUUACGAGACACCAGAGGAAGAGCGUGACAAGCUCUUCAAUGUCAUAAGCUUAGAGUUCAGCCACACUAAGCUGGAGCAUCUCAUCAAGCGGCCCACAGUGGUGGAUCAGGUUGAUUGGGUGGACAACAUGUGGCCUCCUGAUCUGAGGCAUAGCCAAACAGAAGCCACCAACAUUAUUUCAGAGAUGAAAUACCCCAAGGUGCAAAGAUACUGUCUGAUGAGCGUGAAGGGCUGCUACACAGACUUUCACAUCGAUUUCGGAGGAACUUCAGUUUGGUAUCAUGUAUUCAAAGGACUAAAAGUGUUCUGGCUUGUGCCUCCAACCCCAUAUAACCUUGCACUGUAUGAGGACUGGGUCCUUUCAGGCAAACAGAGCGACAUCUUCCUGGGAGACCGAGCUGAUGGAUGUCAGAGAGUGGAGCUUAAACAAGGAUACACCUUCUUCAUCCCGUCUGGAUGGAUCCAUGCGGUUUACACUCCUGUGGACACACUAGUGUUUGGAGGCAACAUUCUGCACAGCUUUAACAUCCCUAUGCAGUUUACCAUCCAUGAGAUAGAGAACAGGACAAAGGUUCAUUCCAAAUUCCGCUUCCCGUUUUACUACGAGAUGUGCUGGUACGUCCUGGAGCGAUACCUGCACUGUCUGACCAAACGGUCCUACCUCACUCAGGAGAUGCAGAAAGACUCUCUUUACUAUGAGACAAAGACAAAGACAGAGAGCCCCUCUUCAGACUCCAGGAGUCAGGACAUAAAUGAGGACUCCUGUGGACCACAAGUCAGGGACAGCCAUGAAGAAAAAACUGACAGGCCAGCUGGAGAUGGCGCCUGCUCGCCUGACAACAUCAAGACCCCACUGCUCAAAACGGUUUUAUCUGUCGACUCGGAGGACAGCUGUAAUCCUAGCUCCUCCUCUAUAGAUUUCCCCAAAACCCCCUCAGAUUCUCCAGGCUCCGAUCCUCAGAGCAGGUGGAUUCAUCUGACGCAGCAUGAGCUGAUCGGGCUCAGGACGCUGGUGGAGAAGCUGGAGUCUCUCCCUGAAAAUAAAAAAUGUGUUCCGGUGGGAAUAGAGAGUCCUCAGGCGCUCCUGGAUGACAUGAAGCUUGUCCUGAGGGAACACGCUGACGAUGACCCAAAGUUGGCGAUCACCGGGGUGCCUGUUGUGUUGUGGCCUAAGAAGGAGUUAAAGCCCCGGCCUCCUAACCGGCCGAAACCUAAGAUGGCAGCGUCUCCAGCAUCAGCAGUCAAGCUGUCGGCCAGCCGAGGAACGUCUGGUGCCAGGAGAAGAAGAACGCGCUGCAGAAAGUGCGAAGCAUGCUUACGGACAGAGUGUGGAGAAUGCCACUUCUGCAAAGACAUGAAGAAGUUUGGAGGGCCGGGGCGGAUGAAACAGUCCUGCAUCAUGAGGCAGUGCAUUGCACCUGUCCUUCCUCACACAGCAGUGUGUCUGGUCUGUGGAGAAGCUGGAAAGGAGGACACUGUGGAGGAUGAGGAGGAGAAGUUUAACCUUAUGCUCAUGGAGUGCUCCAUCUGUAAUGAGAUUGUUCAUCCAAACUGUCUCAAGGUUAAAGACUCAAACGGAUUGGUCAAUGAUGAGCUGCCAAACUGCUGGGAGUGUCCAAAGUGUAACCAUGCAGGGAAGACUGGGAAAGCCACAAAGCAAAAAAGGGGGCCAGGAUUUAAAUACGCAUCGAACCUGCCCGGCUCUCUGCUCAAAGAACCACGGUUAAACCGAGACUCAAAAGAGGAGCCUGAGCCGUUGCCGCCAGUGGUGACGGCUACAGCAACCGUUCCCACGCUGACGACGACGUCUGCUGUGAAAAGGAAAGCGGAGCGGGAAGGUUCCUCCAAGAAGAAUGAGGAGGAGCCUCCAAAGAAACGUCCGCCGCUGCUGGCUCUGGAUAGUUUGCCGCGAACACGGCUUGAGGAUAAUCCGUUGCGGAAGAAGAGGAAGCUGUUUGACACAAAUGAUGAACCAUCUAUGUUGAAAAAGAAGAAAAAGCUUUUAAAACCAGAUGAUCAAUUUAGUCCAAAGCUUUUGCAACAAAUCAAGACAGAGAAUGAUCACAGGGAGGAAGAUGAGGGACAGUGGGAUCAUGAAGAAGACGCCAUAGCCUUGGACAGAAUGCAUUUUAGAAGGAAGAAUGAAAAUGACAGCGAGCUGCAAGAUGAGGACACAGAGGAAGAGGAGCCGGCGGUUAAAGAGAAAGAUGGCGGGACACACGACAAAACCAAGGCACUUGCAAGUCCCCUCUUAAGAACAUCGUCUGCCAGAGAAGGCGACCUUUCGUCCUCCAACUCUCCCAGAGCUGGACCAAGCAGUGAGUCAGGAGAUGGCCAGGAGAAGAGCUCCUCUCAGCUUAAAGCUCGCCAUCAGCGACGCCGUCAUCCAAACAAAGGACUGAGCAAAGAGUUGAGCCAAGAGAUGCUCAAGAUGGAGGAUUCUCUGAGCAACCAGAAGCUUAGUGCAGAGAAGACGGAGAACAACGCUCAUUAUCGCAGGCCGCUCAAAAAUGAGGACUCUUUAACCAAUCAGAACUGCAAACCCAUCAAAACAGAAGAAACUCAGAAUCGAAGAGCCCCUAAACUGGAGAACAGUGUGGCAAAUUACCACAGGCAGCCGCUGAAAACAGAAGACAGCUCGGGAAACCAGAAUCGCAGUCCUGUAAAAGCCGAGCCGGGGAGUGAAGCGGAUGAACAGAAGCCAAGAUGGCCCCUCAACAAUGGCAGCAGCGACCUGGGCGACUGGCUGAGACACAGGGGGCGGGAGGUAAACGGGACGCCGCGCGGGUACUCCCCACUCAGCUGGAACAGAAGCACACCAAUAACACCUUUAUGUCCUCGUCCACUCCCCCGCCGCUCACCGCCGAAGUGCGUUCAAAUGGAACGCCACGUCAUUCGACCACCUCCCAUAAGCCCUCCGCCCGACACCCUGCCGUUAAACGAGGGGGAGGCCCAUGUGAUGCGGCGAGAGGUGUGGAUGAAGGUGUUCAGCCACCUUCCUCACAGGGAUCUCUGUGUCUGCAUGCGUGUCUGCAGAGCGUGGAACAGAUGGUGCUGUGAUAAAAGACUUUGGAAGCAUAUCAGCCUGAACAGAUGUAAGUCAAUAACACCUCUAAUGCUGAGUGGCAUCAUCCGGCGUCAGCCAGUAGCUCUGGACCUCAGCUGGACCAACAUCUCCAAAAAACAGCUCAGCUGGCUCAUCAACAGACUUCCUGGUCUGCGUGUGUUGCUUCUCUCAGGAUGCUCCUGGGUUGCCGUCUCUGCCCUUUGCACUUCUAGCUGUCCUCUGCUGCGAACACUGGAUGUUCAGUGGGUCGAGGGACUCAAAGACGCCCAAAUGAGAGACUUACUGUCGCCCCCUACGGAUAACAGGCCAGGUCAGUUAGAUAACAGGAGCAAGCUGCGUAAUGUGGAGGACCUUCGUCUGGCUGGACUGGACAUCACCGACACUUCUCUGUGCCUCAUCAUUCGUUACAUGCCUCUUCUGUCGAAGCUGGACCUCAGCUAUUGCAACCACGUCACAGACCAGUCUGUCAACAUCCUGACUGCCGCAGGGACAACUACCAGAGACUCCCUCACUGACAUCAACCUGUCAGUCUGUAACAGGGUCACUGAUCAGUCGCUGACCUACUUCAAACGCUGUGGUAGCAUCUGUCACAUCGACCUGCGGUACUGCAAACAGGUGACCAAGGAGGGGUGUGACCAGUUCAUCGCUGAGAUGUCCGUUAGCGUCCAGUUUGAGCUAAUAGAGGACAAACUGCUGCAGAAGAUCAGCUAGGCUCCUCUCCUGUACUGAAAGAUCCGUCCACUAAGAGGCAGCAGACAGUCAGAAAAUAUGUCUUGAAAGUGACAUGCUGCCAAGCCAGAAUGUAAAAAUGGAGGACUUGUCCAGCUAUGGCAAUAUGUUUUUUGUUGUUGCACCUGUUUAUGGCUUAUUUAUUGAUAAACUGUCUAUAUAUCACAGCUAUCCCUUGGUGUUUAUAGACUAUUUUGCUCUAAUGCAAUUUCUUUUGCAUUAUAAAUCAAUAUUUUUGUAUCAGAAAGUUUUUCAUACAUUUAGGUGCAGUCUAAAAUGCACCAAUGUACAGUAUAUCAUAUGAGGCCUCCCCAAAAACUAAGAUAAGAUAAUCAGUUGAUAUUGAUGUUAAGCUUUCUAGAGUUAAAAAAAAAAAAUCGUUUGAUGUAAGGUAGCUGUUGUUCGUGUGGCUGUUUUUCCACUUUAUUAAAUGUGCCUGGGUCUGUUUUUUUUUAAAGACAAAGCUAUUGUAAAAAGAUUUCCAAUAUAAAGACCAUAUUUGGAUCAGGUACUGUUCCUGUAUGUAUAUUUCAAAGCUUCAAUAUAUUUGCACUCAUGGGGUGAAUUUGAAUACAUGAAUGUAUUCCUGCAUACGUUGUACAGUGUAUAAAGGUUAUUUUUUCAACGUUCCGCCGAGUCAUUCUGACUGCUCUUAUUUCACAUGUUUAUUCUGCAUUGAGGCAUCACUGAGCAGUAACUUCUCUGCCAUCUUUUUUAUCCUUUGUCAAAGAAGCGCUUUUUAGCUCUGCAUGCAGCAAAGAAAUGUUUACAUCUAAUUAAGAUUCAUUAAUUGUUUAACAAUUUUACCUGCCUUCUUAAUUUAAGCUUUAGGGGAGCUCCAUAGAACAAAAAAGCAUUGCUGAAACAUGCAAAACAAAGCAAGAGAGUUAUUAAAUGAAUAAACAAUGAGCCAGUUUUCUUCCUAAAUCAUGUUUAUUAUGAACUUUGGUUAUGGCAGAUUUUUUUUCCAUCACAACAAGUUAAAGUUUCUGAAUAAAGCAUCAUCAAAUGAUACUGAAUAUUAUGUAUUUUGCUAAAUUUUUGACAGCCUGAGGAUAAGCUUAAAGGUUUUAACAAAUAACUAAGGGCAUGAUCUUUAUUUUUUAAAAUGAAGAAACAUUACUGCCUAUUAUGUAGGAACAGAUUUAUAUAUACAUAUUUAUAUGUCUAUAUAGAUACUUCUCUAUUUGGAUCAUUUUACGUAUGUGUUUUUUUUUAUUGUAUUUGGUUUUAAACACUGACAAAUUUUGAUUUUCAUUAAAAAUGUACUAUUUAAAUUUUUUUUUGUAAAAGGAAAAAAUAGAAUGUCAGUCUAUGUUUACAGUUUAGCUGCAUUACUUAAAAGUUUCAUGUGUAUUCGUGUCUUCAAGAGCAUUUCU